UGAACGAGCGGCGCGAGGCUGUGGCUUUGUUUGGUCGGAGCCUCGUGGCUGCUGAGGGGCUCCUUGCGUUGUCUCCACGGGCAGGCCACGGUCCUCCUUCUCCAGGGUGCUAGCAGCGCCUCCCAUAGACAGCCGGGAGGACUAGCUUCCCCUUGGCUUGCCGCGCCCCGUUUUGCUUCGCCCUGCCCCGGGAAGGAGGAAGUGGCCGCUAGUUCCUGGGUGCUCCUCCCCGGGUGGAACCGUGGCGGGGUGAGAGCUGCAGAGGGGUCUGCAUAGGAGCUGCGCCCCGCGCCGUGUAGCCACGGCUUGCACGGCCUCUCGCUGCUCAGUAUCUUAGCUGGAACAGUUCAUCAUAAGCUUUGGAGAAUCCUCAAGAAUAAUUCAAAACUAUCUACGUACUGAUGCCUUCAGAGUCUGCUGCAGGUUGAAAUACUGCCCAUGUUACCAUUCAGCAAGGAAGAAGCAAUUUGGAAUAAAAAUGGAUAUGAAGGCUCGAAGUUACUUGCUUCAGAAUCGCGAAGCUUUGGAAAGAGAUAUCAAGACUUCUUAUAUAAUGGAUCAUAUGAUUGCGGAUGAAAUAUUAACAUUACAGGAAGAGGAGAAAGUAAAAGCUCAGACUGUACAGAGAGAACGAGCUGCUAUGCUAAUAAAAAUCAUUCUCGCCAAAGAUAAUUAUGCAUACAUAUCCUUUUAUAAUGCUCUGCUUCAUGAAGGAUACAAAGAUCUUGCUGCUCUUCUCCAGGAUGGCAUCCCUAUUAUUUCCCCUCAUAAUGGAAAGAGUUCUAUGGAUGGAGUAACCUCAUAUGUUAAGACUGUCCUCUGUGAAGGUGGAGUUCCACAGCGACCUGUAGUGUUUGUGACUCGUUCAGAACUAGCAAAAAGAAUUCAGCAGAAACUAUAUAAGUUAAAAAGCAAUCCAGGAUGGGUGGUUGUUUAUGGAAUGGCAGGCUGUGGAAAAUCUGUUCUGACAGCAGAAGCACUACGGGACCACAAUCUUCUGAAAGCAAACCACUACAGAUAUGUUGAGGACACCAAAUGCGGAUGCCCCGAUUUCGCAAUUGGUGUCGGAUUCCUUGGCAUCUCGAGAGGCUACAUGUCAUAUGGGGCCAGACGAAAGUACCAAAAGGACACUGAUAGUCUUCAGCGCAGGCCCAUUUUGAAUGGAUGUCAAUGGGUCACUACCAGUUACAGGCAUACAUCUGCACUUUAUUUCAAUUUCAGCAUAUCUUUGUUGUUAGAUUGCUUCCCUGGAGGAGUACAUUGGGUUUCUGUUGGCAAACAAGACAAGGUGGGGCUGUUAAUGAAACUCCAAAAUCUUUGUUUGAGACUAGACCAGGACUUCACUUACUCACAGAGGCCACCACUUAAUAUAGAGGAAGCUAAAGAUCGUCUUCAUUUGCUGAUGUUACGCAAAUACCCAAGGUCUCUGUUGGUGCUUGAUGAUAUUUGGGAUUCCUGGGUUUUAAAAGCAUUUGAUAGUUAUUUUCAAGUUCUUAUCACCAGUAGGGACAGAAGUGUGACUGACUCUGUGAUGGGCAAUAAAUAUGAAGUUCCUAUAGAAAGUGGACUAACGCAUGAUAAGGCACUUGAAAUAUUAUCUCGAUUUGUCAAUAUGGAUAUAAUGGAGCUGCCAGAAAAUGCUGAUAGUAUUGUAAAAGAGUGUAAAGGUUCUCCUCUUGUGGUGUCUUUGAUAGGAGCAUUAUUACGAGACUUUCCCAAUCGCUGGGAAUACUACCUUAGACAACUUCAGAACAAACAGUUCAAAAGAAUAAGGAAAUCAUCAUCUUAUGAUUAUGAAGCACUUGAUGAAGCAAUGUCUAUAAGUGUUGAAAUGUUGCGAGAAGAUAUUAAAGACUAUUACAGAGACCUUUCUGUACUUCAAAAGGAUGUUAAAGUGCCUUCAAAGGUGUUCUGUACUCUUUGGGAUAUGGAGACUGAAGAAGCUGAAGACAUACUGCAAGAAUUUGUUAACAAAUCUCUCUUGUUUUGUGAUCGGAAUGGGAAAUCAUUCCAUUAUUAUUUGCAUGAUCUUCAGCUUGAUUUUCUUACUGAGAAGAAUCGCUAUCAGCUUCAGGAUCUCCAUAAAAAGGUAGUUCAUCAGUACAAGAAACAUUAUAAACAGUCUACACCUACUCCAUCACAAGAGGACUGCAUGUACUGGUUUAAUUUUCUGGCAUACCAUAUGGCAAGUGCCAGAAUGCACAAUGAACUCUGUGCACUUAUGUUUUCUCUAGACUGGAUUAAGACCAAAACAGAAUUGCUGGGGCCUGCUCAUUUAAUUCAUGAAUACGUUGAAUACAGUGAAAUAUUGGAUCAAAAGGAUACCACUGUACGUGAAAACUUCCAGGAAUUUCUGUCUUUAAACGGACACCUCCUUGGACGGCAGCCAUUUCCAGACAUUGUACAGCUAGGACUGUGUCAGUCAGAAAGCUCAGAAGUGUAUCGACAAGCGAAACUACAAGCUCAACAAGAACUUGUUAAGAAAUCCUUUUAUGUGGAAUGGAUAAAUAAAAAAUCCAUGAAGAGCAUGUACCGUUUGGUUGUGCGUCCACAUACAGAUGCAGUUUACCAUGCAUGUUUUUCCCAGGAUAUACAAAGAAUAGCUUCAUGUGGAGCUGAUAAAACACUGCAGGUAUUUAAAGUUGAAAGUGGAGAAAAACUUCUGGAAGUAAAAGCUCAUGACGACGAAGUGCUGUGUUGCGCUUUCUCAGCAGAUGACAGAUUUGUUGCCACUUGUUCUGCAGAUAAAAAAGUGAAAGUCUGGAAUUCAAGAACAGGUCAGCUUGUGCAUUUAUUUGAGGAACAUACAGAACAGGUCAACUGUUGUCAGUUCAGCAAUACAAAUCACCAUCCGUUUCUGUUAGCUACCUGUUCAAAUGACACUUUUACCAAACUUUGGGAUUUGAACAAGAAAUACUGUCGCAAUACACUGUUUGGCCACGAAAGUUCUGUAACCCAUUGCAGAUUUUCACCCAACGAUGAGUAUAUAGCAAGUUGUUCAGCAGAUGGAACUUUAAAGCUUUGGUGUGUGCAUUCAGCAAAUGAACUGAAAACUAUUGACAUAGGAGACUUCUUCAGAAAUGAGGAUGAAUACCAAGAUGAUGUGGAAGUGUUAGUGAAGUGUUGCUCCUGGUCAUCAAAUGGUACUUCAAUAAUUGUGGCAGCGAAAAACAAGCUUUUUCUUUUUGAUGUUAAGACCAGUGAUCUGUUGGCAGAGAUCCUUAUAAGUCACCACAGCAAUAUUCAAUACUGUGACUUUUGUCCCAACAGCCAGAUGGUAGCAGUUGCUUUAUCACAUUAUUCUGUUGAGAUAUGGAAUAUUGAAUCUUCUUACAAAAUAGCUGAUUGCCGAGGACAUAUGAGUUGGAUACAUUCAGUGGCAUUUUCUUUUGAUGGAUCUUUAUUUCUGACAUCUUCUGAUGACCAGACAAUAAGGAUUUGGGAGACAAGUAAAGUGUGCAAGUCCUUUGCUGUUAUAUUAAAACGUGAAAUAGAUGUGGUGUUUCAGAGUAAUGAAGUGAUCAUCUUAGCCAUUGACAAUUUGAAGCGUCUGCAGCUCAUUAAUGGAUACACUGGCCAUGCUGUGUAUCUGACUGAAGCACAGGAGACUUUCAUUUGUUGCUGUUGUCUAAGUGAAGAUCUGCAGACUGCUGCUUUUGGAGAGGAAAAUGGAACAGUAAAGGUAUUAAACCUGUCAAGUAGGAAUGUUUUAAAAUCCAGAACUGGACAUAGAAAAGCUGUACAACACUGCCAGUUUACUUCUGAUGGGAAGACCCUUGUUUCAAGUUCUGAUGACUCAACUAUACAGGUAUGGAAAUGGCAGUCAGAUGAAUGCAUUCUCCUGAAAGGCCACAAGGAAUCUGUCAAGAGUUUUCAUGUUCUAGGACACCCGAGUCUUCUUUCAUGGUCAUUUGAUGGGACAGUUAAGUUUUGGAAUAUAGUUACUGGAAAAUUGGAGAGAGACAUUAUAUGCCAUGAAGAUGCUAUUCUUUCUUGUGCUAUUUCACCACAUGCCAUUAUGUUUUCCACUGCCUCUGCUGACAAGACUGCCAAGAUUUGGAGUUGUGAAAAUUCAUCUGCUCUUCAUACGCUGAAUGGUCAUGAAGGCUGUGUGAGGUGCUGCACUUUCUCCCUUGAUAAUGAAUUGUUGGCCACAGGAGAUGACAAUGGAGAAAUAAGGGUUUGGAAUGUCUCAAGAGGUGAGCUGCUUCACCGAUGUUCCCGUGCUUCAGUAGAUGAAGGAGAAUCAGCACAUGGAGGCUGGGUAACUGACCUUUGCUUUUCUCCUGACAGUAAGAUGCUUGUUUCUUCCGGAGGUUACAUAAAGUGGUGGAAUACGAAUACUGGUCAACCCCUACAAACAUUCUAUACAAAUGGAACAAAUCUUAAAUCAUUACAUGUGUCUUCAAAUUUCAAAGUAUGUGUGACUGUUGAUAAUCUUGGCAUUCUCUAUGUGCUACAGAUUAUGGAAUAAAUCUUAAGACUGUGACAAUUUUUAUAACUGCAAGAUUUUGAGCCAAAAACAAAUUCUAGAAAAAACUUUAACCUUCACCAAACUGUGAAGUGAUUUUUAUUAUGUCAUGCAUUACAUGUACUUAUUUGUAUGAUAUAUAUGUAGAUAUUCUUGAUUCAGCACACAAUUUAUCUUGUGUUAUCACAUUUGCCGUUAAAUAUGGUUUGCAUCUUAAUUAUGUGGUUUUCCCAUCACUGCUGUAAUUAUACUGAGGAAAUUUAUACAAUGUAGUAUACUAAUGAUCAUUGGAAAAUUUAGCAGGAAUGUGAUGCACUGAAAUACUAUCGCUGUUCCAAUACCAGAUCUUUCUAAGUUGUAAGUACAGAACUAGAAAGUACUACAAACCAAUAUUUUAUCAUAUGCAAUUCUGUCUUCAGGUACAUAAAGGGCUUUUUGUUUUGUUUUGUUUUAAUGUAUGUAGCUGCUUUUAUUUUAUUUUUUAAAAGUGUAUCAGUCUUGAUAUACUAUGUGAAUAAUCAAAAUUACCAGUAGCAAGAAGUGAAAUAGCCCUUGGUACUAUUGUGUUAUAACAAUUCAUGAAAUUGAAAAACUCAUGAAAAACAUAGUGGGUUUUUUUUUAGCAUAAAGCAUUGUUGCAAAUUGUUCUGAUUUCCAAAUCUAUUAGUUUGAAUGUAUCAUUAUCACAAAUAUAUAGUAUAUUUGAGAGUUUUCUAUACUAUUUCAAACUUGUGUCUGUGAAUAUUUAAUAGAGAAUUACAUAAUGAAAAUAUGCCUUUUGAGUUCUAAUCUCCACACAAUGUAUUAUACCUCAUUGAACCAAAUUCUGGUCACAUCUUCUGUCAACUUCUUAAUGGCAAAGGAACUGGUCCAGUCCAGUUUAGAGUUCAGGGAAGAGUCUACAAUGUGGUCUCUUUCAUACUCUUGUCUUUGAAUUAAUGCAGUAUCUUGGAUCCUAGCUUCAGUACAAUGAAUGGAACACUGAUUUCCUGCUUCUCUCUUUCUUCUACAUGGCAUGAAAAUUCAUGCCUGAGUCUUGGGAGACCCACCUGAGCAGUAUGACGCAAGGGGAGCUACGUUAAAGAGAGAGGAUUGCCUAAAAUUGGGGAAACACCCCCCCCUUGAGCGAGCACACCAUUUGAGUGCUGAACCUUGGGAUUUCACCAUUCAUUUCAAUCGAACUUAUCGGCAAGUUCAGAAUUUAAGCCUAUGCUUGCAAAGUAAUAACUGCAAUUUUUGCAAAAUAACUAAGUAUUGCAAAUGCAAUUUCUAAUAAUAAUAGCUGACAUUCAGAUGAUGACCAAUGAAUGGAAGAAAGAUUUUGUUUGCAGUGGGAAUUUUUCAAAUCACUCCCUUCCAUUCACAGCCAUUUGGGCUUCCUAAAAAUAUGUACUUGAGGGCUGCGGGAACCUCAGGGACAUAUUUUUGAUAGACAUAGAAGGCUGCAGAGGGAAAGGGGGAUCGAGCAACACACACACACACACACACACACACACACACACACACACACCCCGUUCUGCCUGAAAAACUUUCUUCCAUACAUGCAUUGUUACUUUAGAUGACAACCAAUAAUAGCUACAGAUUAGUACAGUACUUGCUUUCAAAAUGUUAGCCAUUUUGAAGAACCAUUUCAGUAUACUUUGUGUUGUGUUUAAUUAUUGACUUUCAGUGACUUCUAUAUUUGCUAAACGUUACUCUCUGUAAACAUUAAAAUCCUGUAUGAUAGCAUUAAAUUGCUUAAUGACAGAUAUCUCAAAUGGAAGUAAAAACAGCGUGUACUUGUUCUGUUUAACUUUCUCUUUAGAUCAACAGCUCUAAAGACAAAGUUUAUUAGAACGGCAUAUUACAGCUUGUACCUGAGCAACAUAUUGCUUGUAUUACUUGUUCUGGAGCAACAUAUUGGGGGUGAAAUAAAUAUCCUUAUGACAGCGUGA